AGAUUAUUAUGAGCCGAGCAACUUGAGUCAUUAAUUGUUGUGGUGCUUCUAAAGUCUCGCAAAGAAACCAAGGGCCGGUAUUUGGUGAUAAUGCAGCAGCUGCAGCACAAGGCGGUGGUGCUAUUGCCUGUAUUCAAAGCAUUGGGUCGGCAACGCACAACCUCCGUCUUCACAUCAUCAUGCAGGCUGGUCCUCCAGAAUAACUCAAUACGGCAUUCAUCCACAGGCGCAAGCAACGAUCGCAAUAGUCAGCAUGGCAUCGAGAGUACUAGUGAUGCUUCCGUCAACCUCAAUUCCGCCACCAGUGCUCAAUCCGUGAGUACUGGUUCGCUUCCGUCUGCUACGGAGUCGCAAAGGUUACAAGCAUCCAAGAAGCUGUCCAAGCUCAUGGACGGGCUUCUAUCACGCGCAUCUAUAGCUGGCCAACAUAUCAACGAAUACACGGGAACAGACUAUACUGCAAUCGAUGCGUUGCGGAAAGACAUCUCGAAACAGGAGGAAGUAGUGAAGAAUUGUGCUACAGGUUGCAAUGCUGCGAGAGCUCAACAGCAAGAUGCCCACAACAACCAGUCAAACGCGUCGCGUGAAAUCGUGGGCUUGCUGGAGCGAAAGAGCUCGUGGUCGCCUGUUGAUUUGGAACGCUACAUGGCGCUUGUCCGUUCCGACCAUGUCAAUGAACAGGCCGUGCAGGCGGCAAAGGACAAUCUGAAGGCAAUGGAACAGAAGCUCGACGAAGCAAGAGCUAUGCUCGAACGUCUGGAACGGAAGAGAUAUCACGAGGAACAGAUUUGGAGUGAUACAAUCCGCAGGAACAGCACAUGGGUGACAUUCGGCCUGAUGGGAGUCAAUAUCAUCUUGCUACUAGCACAAAUUACCAUAUUUGAGCCUCACCGACGAAAGAAAAUUGCCGCGGAUGUGCAGGAUAUGCUUGAUAAGAGGGAGAGGAACUCGACAGCCGCCAUCGACGAAGACGCACUGGCAUCCCUGGUAAGCGCCAGCCACGUCGCCGGAGGUCCGGAGCGACAUCAAUCUCGUGGAUGA